GUUGCUGGGGCAGCGCGUGCAGGCGUCCGGACGAGGAGACAGCUGCUCUGGCCUUAGAAGUGAGGAGCGGAGUGGCCGCUGGCAAGAUGGCAGCAGAUGAAGGUGCACAGGACACCUUACGUCUCCAGUUCAAGGCCAUGCAGGAGAUGCAGCACAAAAGGUUACAGAAGCAGAUGGAGAAACAGAAGGAAAAGGAACUGAGCCUCGAAAUCAAUGUCGAUGACCAAAAAGAGCCCUUGGAGAUUUCCGAUGGCCUCAGUCUUCUCCAACCUGGGGAUCAAAACUUGAAAAACAGCUUUGAGCAGAGGAUGCUUGAAGAUGAGAUUGCACACCUUCGAGAGCAGCUCAGGGAGACGGUGGAUGAAAAUGGGCGAUUGUACAAGCUGCUGAAGGAAAGGGACUUUGAAAUCAAACAUCUCAAAAAGAAAAUAGAAGAGGACAGAUUUGCCUUCACAGGCACAGCCGGUGUGACCGGGGAUGUGAUUGCCACCAAAAUCGUCGAGCUGUCCAAAAAGAACCGGGUGCUGACGGCAGAGUCAGAGGGCGCGAAAAGCAGAGUGAAGCAGCUGAGCAAUCGCGUGCAGGAGCUGGAGCGGGAACUGCAGGCGGCCCUGGCCAGGCUACCAGCCAAGGUGACCACCGAUGCGGGAGCCAAAGCGUCGAGGGCUCAGAUGGGAGACAGAGCCUUGCCAGAGGCCCCAGAGGUGAAGGUCUUGCAGGACAGGCUGACGGCCACAAACCUGAAGAUGAGUGACCUCCGCAACCAGAUCCAGUCUGUGAAGCAGGAGCUCCGGAUGGCCCAGAAGGUUUUGACCAGUGAGGUCGGGGAAGAUGUGAAUGUCCAGCAGCUCCUGUCCUCCCCGGGGACCUGGAGGGGCCGGGCUCAACAAAUUCUCGUGUUGCAAAGCAAGGUUCGCGAGCUUGAGAAGCAGCUGGGACAGACCCGAAGCCAGUCUGCAGGAACAUCCCGUGACAAGCCGCCUGUCGGUCCAGACCCAAGGAAGCUGUCGGCACAGGAGAAAAACCUGCUGAGGAUCCGCAGCCUGGAAAGGGAAAAACAGGAGGGCUGGGAGAAACUUGUGGGUGAGCGGGAUGCCCUCCAGAGAGAGCUUGAAGAACUGAAAAAGAAGUUGGAGGGCGUGAAGUCCCGGAAUAAGGUGCUGUCAAGUGAGGUGAAAACCCUCAGGAGCCAGAUGGGGACCCUGGUGGAGAAAGGCCGGCAUGACGACGAGCUCAUCGACGCCCUCAUGGACCAGCUGAAGCAGCUCCAGGAGAUUCUGGGCAGCCUGAGUCUGCAGGAGGAGAAGACCCGGGCGUCGCAGCGCCACCUGGACCAGCGGGUCAACAGUGAGGCUCAGCAGAGCAGCAGCCUCAUCACCCAGCUGCGGGCCAUGGUGGCUGAGCGGGAGGCCAAGGUACAGCAGCUGGAGUUGGAGAUUGGCCAACUCAGUGUGCAGUAUCUUCAGAAUAAAGAAGUGGGCAAGGGGUCCAGUGGGACUGAGGUCAACCCCGCCUACACCAAGCUCCUGGAGGACCCUGGCCGGCCCAAGUCUCCGGCCUCAGCAGGCGGUCACGUUGGCAGGCUUGGAUCUUCUCGCUCCGUGACCAGCCUGGGCCACACGCUGGUGGAAUCUGCUCUCACGUGGCCUUCUCUGCCCGGUCCUCAUGGGGCCUCACCCAGGUUCUCAGACUCCCCCGAACAGAAAGGCUGGCAGGCACAGGUGACAGAGUUCAAGGCCCUCUGGCAGGCCGCUGAAGUGGAGCGUGACCGGCUUACCGAGUUUGUCACUGUCCUGCAGAAACGGGUGGAGGAGAGCAACAGCAAGCUUCUGGAAUCAGAGAAGAAGCUGCAGGAGGAGCGGCAACGCAGCGUGGUGCUGGAGCAACAUCUGGAGAAGAUGCGCCUGGAGCCUGGGAGGCCGUCAGUCAGUCAGAGAGCAGCCCCCAGGAGCAAAACAGGUCUGCCCACCUCCAGCACCAGGCACAACCCGAACGGGAGUGAAAGGAAGGACCCAUCCUUCACCCAGCUCUCCAAUGUGCCCAUGGAAUCACAGAUGGAGGAGCUGACCACCAGGCUGGCCAUCCAGGUGGAGGAAAACGAGAUGCUGAAGGCUGCCCUGGGCAGUGCCCUGCGUGGGAAGGAGGAGGAUUUCCGAAUGUACCACGAGACCCUGGGCCAGGUGAAAGGGGUCUUUCUGCAGGCCCUGCGGCAGCAGAAGGCAGACACUACUAGGAUGGUGGCCCGGUGUCAGCCUGGCGGGACGGGGCAGCCUUAGGCGCGGAGAGGACUGCACCUGCUCCCAGAAGCCAACCUGGGCAACCAGCUCAACCCCUUCUCCCGGAAGAGGUUCCCCAAGGGUGAGCAAAGCCAACACCUCAGACCAGGAGGGCAAAGGAGAAGCCUUGGCAGAGCCCUGGAGGCAACCCCGGACAGGCCAGGCAAUGGCAGGGGAGGAGGCCCGGCGAUCUGCUCAGCACCAGCGAGAGCUCUGGGACAAUAAGCCAGCUGUGGACAGACAGAUGCAGCCCCUGGAUCAGGCGCUCUCGCCCCACUUGGCCUCAGGCCUAGCUGGGAGGCCCUGCAGGCCCACAGGGCUCCAUCCGCCCAGGAUGAGCCUCCGGCAGCCCCACCCACCUGCCUCACCAGGGCAUUACCCCCACCGUCCCCCAGCUCCCUCCUCCAUGGCUCCCUCUGUGGCCAUCCCCCAACCUUCACAGACUUGGGGGCACGUGCUCCCAGCCACUUUGUCAAGCCCUCUCUUCAGGGCUUUUCCUUAGCCGCAGAUCCUCAGACUUGUAAUAAUAUUGAUU